AUGAGGGCAGCCUCGAGCAUAGGCCGAACAUGCCUCCGUCAAGCCAUCCCGCGCCUGCGCUCAGCAGUGCACUGUCGCGUCCAAGUCGCCGCCAGACGAGCAUAUAGCGGUGGCCGGCGACAAAGCGGUAGCUGGUGGCUUCUCGGCUCUCCGCCCAAGACAGCCGGAUUGGGGCUCGCAGCUGCGGCGGGCUUGAGUCCGCUGGCGUUCGUGGAGUUAUCCGAGGAGGAGGAUGGGAAGCCUGAGUCGACGGCCGAGGGGCGGAUGCUGGAGGCUUCGAGGAAGGAGAUUCGAAAGGAGGUGAAGGACGAUGUGACCGGGAUAAGACGGGUGCGGGAUACUAUCAUUGUGUUCCUGGAUGUGUACGUUUGGGAGCCGCUGUGUACUGGGCUGCGGUUCCUGCAUCUGGUUGUCAUAUUCGUGCCGGUUAUUGUGACGGUUCCGGCACUCUGGAUCGGGAUGAGGGAUAAGAAGAGGGAUAAUGAGAGGUCUGGGACGCUGUGGUGGUACUGGUUUCUAGUGAAAUCGAUGGAGCGUGCUGGACCUGCUUUCAUAAAGCUUGGACAAUGGGCAGCUUCACGAUCAGAUAUUUUUCCGGAGCAGAUGUGCGAAAUAAUGUCUCAAUUACACUCUAAUGCGCCCGCACACUCGCUACACGAGACGAAGCGAAUAAUACGAAGAGCGUUUGACGGUAGACCAUUUGAGGAUAUAUUCGAAGAGUUUAAUGAAAAGCCUUUGGGGGUUGGGGCUAUCGCGCAAGUCUAUAAAGCGAAGCUGAAGGCAGAUUUGGCAGCUCCUGGAGAUGUCGAUAUAAAAGAAUCACGAGACUUUCGACAGAACGUUAGGAAGAAUGUUGAUACUCUGAUCAAGAGUACACCACAGCGAGUGCCUUCUACGUAUGUGGCGAUCAAGGUUCUGCAUCCGGGAGUCGAACGAAUGGUUCGGAGAGAUCUGAAAAUCAUGGGAUUCUUCGCCUCGUUGCUCAACAUCGUCCCGACCAUAGAGUGGUUGUCCUUGCCGGACGAGGUUGAGCAAUUUGGAGAGAUGAUGAGGCUGCAAUUGGAUCUUCGGAUCGAAGCGGCAAACCUUACAAUUUUCCGGAAGAAAUUCAAAGAGAGAACAACGGCCUGGUUUCCAUAUCCAUACACCGCCUUCACGACGAGACAGGUGCUGGUAGAGGAAUUCGCGCAAGGCAUUCCCUUAUCUGAUUUUAUGGAGAACGGAGGCGGAGUGUUCCAGCAAGAAAUCGCGGACGAAGGACUCGAUGCGUUCUUGCGGAUGUUGCUGCUGGAUAAUUUCGUGCAUGCUGAUCUUCAUCCGGGCAACAUCAUGGUCCGCUUCUACAAGUCAGAACAGCCUCGCCUGCCAUUCAGUAGAGACAAGGACGAAGAUCCCCAAGCUCAGCCUGAUGUCACAGAGCAAGUCUUAGCUCGUUUGAGACCUUAUAGGCACAGAAAAGAUACAAAGGCAUGGGAGGCGGAGCUGCAGAAGAUCGAUAAUGAAGGAUUCAGACCUCAACUGAUAUUCAUCGAUACUGGACUCGUCACAGAGCUCAACGCCACCAACCGGACGAAUUUCCUAGACCUCUUCAAGGCAGUAGCCGAGUUUGACGGCUAUAAAGCAGGGCAUCUCAUGUGUGAGCGCUGCCGACAACCAGAUGCUGUCAUUGAUCAAGAGAUCUUCGCUCUGAAGAUGCAGCAUCUUGUCAUCGGUGUCAAGAGCCGAACUCUAGCCCUCGGGAACAUGAAGAUCGGAGAUAUCCUCAACGAAGUCCUCGGCAUGGUUCGAAGCCACCAUGUCAGAAUGGAGGGCGACUUUGUCAAUGUGGUCAUCAGCAUCCUGCUACUGGAAGGCAUCGGGAGGAGCUUGAACCCUGAUAUCGACUUGCUGUCUAGCGCCCUCCCGAUCCUCAGGCAGCUGGGUACUCAGAGCGGCGGGGGCAUGUUGAGACAGGGCGACUUCUCCAUGCUGAAGGUGUGGGCUGGCUUGGAAGCUAGGAAGUUCCUGCAGGCCAGCAUUGAAGAUGUUGAGAGAUGUGUAAAAUACGAUUUGCUUUCGCCCAAUGUAUAG